AUGAGCUGGUUUGACAAAUGGGGUGAAGAUGAGAGAGCUGGGGACCGGCAGUGUGUGAAAAUCACUUCCUUGGGAUCUGGAGUCUGCCUGUCCCACCUGGGUCCUACAAGAACGAGUCGCCCUGAGGACUUACUAUGUGCCAGGUAUGGAAUGGGUGCCGUGAAUAACCACACCGAGGAAGGAGAAUCUGAAAAGAGCUGGCACAAAGUGGAGGAGGAAAAACUCAUCUUGGCCAGCAGGGGAUGGGUGCUGUGGUUCCAGUUCCCGCACAGCCCUUUCAAGUGGAGUGAUUUCAACGAGAUGGAUUGGGUUGGACCAGAUCUCGUGGCAGUGCCCAGCAUGUGUGGGCACACAGUGUCUGCGCAGCUGUGUCGCACCCCCUGCACCUGUCCUUGGCCACCACCCCGCUGCCCGCAGGGGGUGCCCCUGGUGCUCGAUGGCUGUGGCUGUUGUCGGGUUUGUGCGAGGAGACUGGGGGAGUCCUGCGACCACAUCCACAUCUGCGACUCCAGCCAGGGUCUCGUCUGCCAGCUCGGGGCAGGCCCUGGCAGCCAGAGGGGCGUGUGCCUGGUGGGGGACGAUGAUGAUGGAAGCUGCGAGGUGAACGGGAGGCUGUACCGGGACGGGGAGGCCUUCCAGCCUCACUGCAGGAUCCUCUGCCGCUGCGAGGACGGUGGCUUCACCUGCCUGCCACUGUGUCGUGAGGACGUGCGGCUGCCUAGCUGGGACUGCCCCCGGCCCCGCAGGGUGGAGGUCCCCGGCCGGUGCUGUCCUGAGUGGGUGUGUGACCAGGAAGUGGGCCUGGGUGAUGCUCACUCCACUUUCUUACCCCUAGGACGCCAGCUUUCAGCCCUUGGUGUCUCCUGCCCAGAAUGGAGCACAGCGUGGGGCCCCUGCUCCACCACCUGUGGGCUGGGCGUGGCCACCCGGGUGUCCAAUCAGAACCGUUUCUGCCAGCUGGAGACCCAGCGUCGCCUGUGCCUGCCCAGGCCCUGCCCACCAGCCAGGGGGCACAGCCCACCCACAGCAACUCUGUACCCAGGCUUGGACCCAGAGCUGAUGGCACCUGCCCAAAUCCUGGCUGCAGGUGACACCACCCAGAGCCAGCAGGGCAAGAACGCUAACAAGACGCCCUGUGUGCAUGAGGUCCACACGGGCAUGUGA